GUGGUCAUGGACAACGCCAGAGUUUGUGUGAAGGUUGGGAAGAUGGUGGAACAAAAGUAUCCAUGGAUCUUCCGGAUUGGUUGUACGGCACAUGCCCUCGACCUUGCCUUGGAGGACAUGAACAAGUCGUUAGUGGUUCAGAAUGACGGUGAAGAGGGGGAAUCAAUUGGGGAAGUUUAUCAUGAGCCACGACAAGGUGUGUGCUUUAUUCCUCAGCAAAUCCGGAGGUGCACAGAUCAAGAGGCCGGGUGUGACUCGAUUUGCCACAAACAUCAUCAUGCUGAAGUCGCUGUCGGAUGCGAGCAAUGCCCUCAAGCUGGCAGUGGGCGAUAAGGGGUGGGUGCCCGACAUUGUGUGGCCCGACCUUGCCACGCAGUUCGAGGAGGCGAUGUGGUGGGAUGCAUUUGGGUCGCGACUGUACCUUUUGCAGCCGCAAGCCAUCAGACUGCUCGGCCAGGCAAGGUCAUCUGCUGCAUGCGAACGCAACUGGAGCUUACAUGAGCUCAUUUUCGGGAGUAGGAGGACGAGGAUUUUGCCAACCCGCCUGUCGAAGUUGGUUUAUAACAACUGGAACCUUCACCUGCAGCGGAGGCAAGAACACGGUCAGGGCGAGGUUGAUGUUCACAUCCCUUGGUUGGAGGACAUGCCUGAUGAGGAGAGGAAGCACGAGGCGGAGGCGUAUUACAAUGAGUGGGUGCGGCGCGUCAAGAGGCGUGCGAAGGAUGGGGGGAGUGACUUGGAGGAAGGAGAUGGGGGGGGAGUUGGGGAGGGGGAUGAUGACGAAGUCCCUAUGGCACGGAGGUGGCUGCACAAUGACGACAUGGACGACUACAUGGACCAGCAGGACGGCAUCAGGCAGCUCGACAAUUACACACACCAUUGGCACUUCAACACAAUGUCGGGGAGGCACCGAGAACGUCUCUUGAGGAGGCUGUCAGGCCAAGAGCUCCCAGCACCAGAAGUCCACUACAACUUGGAGGAGCGGGACCGUGUGCUGCGGGCCAGAGAGACGGGGGCAUGGGUGGAUGGCAGGGAAGAAGGUGGAAGCAGGAGGCAGCAUCGGCGAGCACGUCCUGGUGAGGGGGACGGUGGCGGGAAGCGUACCGCGGAGGUAGACAUUGCGCCUGCUCCGAAACGGGGGAGAGGACGACCGAGCAACAAGGAGAAGGCAGAAAGAAAAGCAGUAGAGAAAGCUGCGAAGAAGGAGUCCGCAUCUGCAAAGAAAAAGAGUUCUGCUGCAAAGAAAAAAGCAGCAGCAGCGAAGAAAAAGAAGGGGAAAGUCAUUGACGAUGACAACACCCCUCCGUGUUCGGCUUCAUCGUCGUCAUCCUCUGAUGAUGAUGACGGUGAUGAUGAUGCCGAUGGUGAUGAUGACCGUGAUGAUGAUGAUGAUCGUGAUGGUGAUGAUGAUGGUGAUGGUGAUGAUGAUGGUGAUGGUGAUGACGGGGAACAGGAUGGAGGUUCUGAAUCUUCUGAUGAUGAGGACGAGGGGGGCAAACAAGAGGAAGAGAGUGGGAGGAAGGCGCUGCGGAGGGACAGGACGGAGGUUCUGAAUCUUCUGAUGAUGGAGAGGCUGAGAAUUAGGAUCUGGCCCACAGCGAACUCGGAGGUUCACUGUUUUGCUGACUAUAAGUGAUAUAACUGACUUAGCAACAUUGCAAUGGGGAAGCUAUUUCGGAUGUUGUCUUGUCCCAGGCUGUUUGUGGUUUCUUCGUGAUGUGUCCGACAACUUUAACUUUCUGACACUGUGUCCCUCUGCAGUUGUCUGUUUUCAUGACGAGGCACUCAGAUGCAGUGUUUCUGCAUCUACAAACGUGAACAGGUGUGUACCGACCGAACAACCCGACCCACGGCAUGAAAUUUGAUAUUCGUGCAAUGUCUUGGCAGUUGGAGUUCAAACUCCAAACUUCAAAGU